GCUGAACCCGUGGCUGAUACGUACGUAUGGAACGGCGGCAACCAGACUCGUACCGUACGGCAUGGUCGUCAUGGACACGAUCAUGGGUUACAACCUGACCGCCUACUCACAGAGUAUACCGUCGCCGGAUGCCAUCCAAAUGACGUUUCCAACGGUCUACCGCAAUGUUCAGUCCGAUAACAGACGUGGCGAUUUCCUUCUAAAUAUCUACAGACAAGAUGCGGAUAGAGCGCUCGGGGAGGCCUUUACCAGGGCAUGGCAAGCGCUGAGCCAUCCGAGGUUUGAACUCGAAGUAUUCCCUCUGCCAAUAUCUAGUCUGAACCAGCUGACGAACACUAAUUUUGCCAUCUACCAACCCUUUCUGCGCAGUGAUCAUUCCAAUCUCUGGCGCGAUAACAUUCCGGCGAUUUUCCUCACGGAUUCAGCGGACUACCGCGGCGCUAUGCAGGUCUGCUACCACAGUAAGUGUGACAAUGUCGAAACCAUGGUGACACAGGACAACCUGAUAUUUCUCUCCAAGACAACGGACGCCAUUUUUCAAACCAUAAACAGCCUUUCUGAACCCUCCGAGCCAGCCGCCAGUGGUUGCCACCUCAUCGCGUCAUUUUGGUACCUGAUUGUUGUUCCUGUGGUCACAAUUGCAGCUAGAUAUUUCAUACUGUUUAAGUAAUGUUUGCUGUUUCAAAGAUAUGUGUCUUUUGUUAAAAUCCCAAAUUCCCGCAUAAGUGUUUGAAAGGCGCUGAUAAGCAGGUUUAUAGGAAAUUAAAAUAAACAGGAAAUGAUUUAAAAUCAUAAAUGCAUUCCACAGAAACUCAUCACAUUAUCAAGUAUGCGUGUAUCUUCACCAGUCUUAAUUGUUAUAUAGUAGUGUGUGUGUUUUUCCUAUAAACCUUCGAUUUACAUUGAAUUAACCACUGUUUUAAUAUAUUAUGUCUUUAUGUCCCAUUCGAAGAAGACGUCAUAUCAGGGUGCAGAAUCAACGGGGUUUUCAGGGGUUUACACCGUUAAGUACUUUACUAGUGCAAAGAAGACAGUUUUUCUUGCAGUUUGUGCCGAUAUCUUAAGGUAUAAGAAUAAAU